AUGUUUUGUCUUCACAGCAAUUUCCGAUUCUUGAUGAUUGCUUUAGCCUAUGCUAUACCACUGGGUGUUUUCUCUGGCUGGUCUGGUGUUCUGGAUUUGAUAUUAACGCCAGUUCACGUCAGCCAAGUAGACGCAGGCUGGAUUGGAUUUUGGUCUAUAGUUGGAGGCUGUGUUGUUGGCAUAGCCAUGGCAAGAUUUGCAGAUUUUAUCAGGGGCAUGCUGAAGUUUAUACUGCUGCUGCUUUUAUCUGGAGCAACAUUAGCAUCAACCUGGUUCACUCUCACCUGUCUAACUAGUGUCACUCAUCUGCCUUUAACAACAGCUACACUAUACACGUCCUGCAUUUUGUUGGGUAUAUUCCUCAACAGCAGCGUACCAAUAUUCUUUGAGCUCUUCGUGGAGACAGUCUACCCUGUUCCAGAAGGAAUAACCUGUGGAGUUGUCACCUUUUUGAGUAAUGUGUUUAUGGGAGUGCUUUUGUUUUUCCUCACAUUUUACCAUACAG